AUGGCCGAAUUACUUCUUCUCGUCGCCGUGGCGUGGGUGCUGCUUUUGGCCGGCCAUGGAACCAACGCUGCCCGGGUGAAAGUCCCAGGCUCCAAGGUCGGACCGAUCAUGGUAUCUCCUAGAUUGCUGGAUCAAGUUUCACCAUUGGAUGAUGCCGGGUCUGGCUCGGUGACACAAUACCUUGCGAAGCAGGUGACACGCCCAGGAGCGACGAAGGAGGGAUACUACGGGUUCAUCGCCACGAUGGACGUCUACGGCUUCAACCUCAGCAGUAAUCAGCUCAGCACGGGUGCGAUCCUCCUCUAUGACCAAGGAGACGGCGCGACGGCCAGCCUCAACGUGCUCCACGUUGGCUGGGAGGUUGCGCCAGGGUGGUACGGCGAUUCGCUCACCCAUUUGGGAGUUGGGUGGACGACGGACGGGUACCAGAAAACUGGCUGCCCCAAUCCCAGUUGCACAAGAGAUUUCAUACCGGAGCAGGGCGCACCCAUAGCUGCUGGGGGAGUCAUUGAGACCGUCUCCCAGCUAAAUGGACCAAAACAAUAUAUCACGAUUAAAAUCAUCAAGGAUGGCAUAAUGGGAGACUGGAUGGUAUAUUAUGGGCUAAACCAGGACAAACUUGCACUGAUUGGACGUUUCCCUAAGACGCUAUUUACCGGAGGGCUGGCAAAUCGAGCGGCAGAUAUCCAGGUCGGGGGCCACGUGUUGACCUCCAUGAAUAACCUGGCUCCGAUGGGCAGUGGCUAUCUCCCCAUAUUUAAUGCGAUGUCAUCUGCGUCCAUGAGCAAUGUCCAGUUUAUCGACCAGAACGGGCAUGCCUUGCCGAUGAAUCAAAUCUCACUCACGUACAUCACCGACUCGAAUAUCUACGCCGUUGGUCCCAUUGUGAAUGGGCAAUUUUUCUAUGGGGGACCAUUUCAGUUGUCCACUUGA